AUGAGGAAUCGCUCGUUCCUGGGGUCCCCAAACCGGCACAAGUAUGUCCUGGUGGCCAUAAUACUGAUUCUCUUCGUUGUUUUCAGCUUUCAGCCCCCAAAAUCCAGGCGAGACACUCGCACUACGAGAAUUUACGGAGACGGCCGACCGCAAUAUCUUCACCACUCUAUCUUUCGUGCGAACCCGGACUAUGAAUAUGAAAUCCAGCUCUCAAAUGCGCUACGCACUGUUGAAAUAGAGGGGCAACUGCACCACGAUGAGGAUGCGACAGAUACGCUGUGGCAGAUCAUGCUACCAGGAGUCGAUAAGCGAAGUGAAGAUUCUAUGCAGUUUGAGGGAAGAAACCCGGAUUGGGGAUAUAAACUCGUUGAAACCGAAUGGGCUGACCAAUUCAUCACCGAGACACUCGCAUCUAUCCCAGACAUCGCCCGGCUCUACAAAUCAUACCCGCACUCCGUCCAUCGUGGCGACCUUCUUCGUUACUUGAUCCUGUGGUACUAUGGCGGUUAUUAUGCAGAUCUGGACGUUUAUCCCGCGCGAAGCAUCAGAUCCUGCCCUUCAUUGCGUGACACCAUCUUUGGAGGCAACACAGCCAACGCCAAUGUCUCACUAGUCGUCGGGAUUGAGAUCGACGAGCCCUUCGCUUCGCCACAAAAGAUGCGUGAGUGGCAUUGGGCCCGGCGGUAUGGCUUCGUUCAGUACACAAUCUAUGCGCCGCAACGGUUCAGUCCGCUUCUGCGGGAGAUCAUCGUCCGAGUGCUGUCCCAUACGAAGCGGCGCGUUGAUGAGAGCCGUUUCUGGAAGGGUGGAUACAACGAAAUGGAUACGCUGGAGAUUACCGGCCCAGGCGUGUUCACAGAUACAAUCCUCGAUGUAUUAUCGGAUACAUUGCCAUCUACACACCCAUUAGUCCAGCAGUCAGUGGAUGCGGAUAGUGGACUCAUACCGUCCUCGGCUUCGCCUGUACCUCGUGUAACAUGGGCGCCAUUCCAUGGGAUUCAAGAGCCUCUCUGUAUCAAAGGCUCUGAAGCCAGGCCUGGUAAGCUGCUGGGAGGACUGUGUGUCUUACCAGUCAAUGCAUGGGGUAAUGGGCAGCGGCAUUCGGGGUCGAAAGACUUCAGUAAUGAGCAUGCCUGUAUCAAUCAUCGGUUUGGGGGAACCUGGAAGCCCUGGAAACAAAGCUGGCACAAGUAUCUCUUUGGAUGA